AAUUUUGGGAAAUUGAAACUACAAUACGACGCCGUAUCGUCUCCACCAGUAGUCUAUCUUCUUCUUCUUCCUCUUUCAAUUCUCAACGCUGCUGCAAAAACAGAAACCGAAUUAAGGAGAAAUUGAUCGCAAUUAUGGCGCAAAAGAAGAAAGAGCUGCUAUCAUCAGCUCCAUGGAGGGCGGGGCCACAAGAAGACGAGAAAUUCAAGGACGCGAAGAUGAAGGUGACGUCGCAGCCUGGUGCGACGCCCACAAUGCACGUCCCGGGAAAGAAGAAGUUCGGGUCGAAAAACGACGCCGUUGGAGAGGAUUCUCUCACUGAAAUCGACCCCGAGCUGCGCUACAGUUUCCAGCGCAAUUUCCAGUUCCUUCAAAAUGUAUUCAGCAUUGAUACGGUUGUGAAGCCCCUUCCUCCAACAAUGGCAUAUAAUGUCUCGCGCAAUUUGUCCUUCUUCACAAGGAUCUUUACACAGUUCUUUGAUCCCGAUGGUAUAGCAGAUGCACAGAAAUCGCUCGGACUAGGGCAGGAAGAGAAAGCUCGUAAAGUUCGUUAAGAUGUUGAUACGUUUUUUGGUAGAUAACUUUGCAAAUCUUCACCAUAGAAAGAGCUCUGGUUUUCCUUGUAUACAUCUGAAUUAUUCUAAAGUUUCUGCAAUUUGAAUAAGCAUUCUGUAUCUUUAUUGAUUUCAGGAUUAUGUAAUGAGCUUUCUGCAUUUAAGAUUCAAUUAGGUUUUCCAA